AUUUUGACGCAUGACGUAUCAACAAGCAAAUUCCGCGGCGGCGAAUCCCAGCAUUGCAUUGGUGUUCUUUUUUGUAUUAAAGUCGUUUGUCGCUGUAAACUCCUGCAAGUAAAUAAGUAACAAAAAUCAAAAUGGCUAAUCAAUGGGGUCAAAAGGCUGAGGAACUGGAAGUUUCUAAUAAAAUAGCUGGAUUAGGUCUAAAUAAAAAACCUUUGAGCCAGACAGAAGAUGUUGAUGAAUCACCCGAUGCCGCAAACCCAGCAGACACCUCCCUUUUAAUGAAAAUCAUAAGGCAAGGUUUAGUUGAAUCCAAAUUGGACAUAGAAAUCCAAAGAAAAGAUCCUAAUUCACCGUUGUAUUCAGUCAAGACUUUUGAAGCUUUACAUCUAAAGCCUAAUCUACUUAAAGGAGUUUAUGCCAUGGGUUUCAAUGCCCCUUCCAAAAUUCAAGAGACUGCAUUACCAACCCUUCUUGCAGAUCCUCCUCAGAAUAUGAUUGCUCAAUCCCAGUCAGGAACUGGUAAAACAGCAGCCUUUGUGUUGGCCAUGCUAAGUAGAGUGGACUCUAGUAAAAACUACCCACAAGUUCUAUGUUUGAGUCCCACUUAUGAGUUAGCUAUUCAGACUGGAGAAGUUGCUGCUAAAAUGGCCAAGUUUUGUCCUGAUAUCAAGCUAAAAUAUGCAGUCAGAGGCGAGGAAGUGCCACGAGGAACUAAGAUCCAGGAUCACAUCAUUAUUGGAACUCCUGGAAAAAUGUUAGAUUGGGGUGUGAAAUUUGGUAUGUUUGACAUGAGCAAAAUUAAGGUAUUUGUACUAGAUGAGGCUGAUGUAAUGAUUGACAGGCAAGGACACCAAGAUCAGUGCAUCCGUAUUCACAAAUGCCUGCCUUCUACUUGUCAAAUGAUGUUCUUCUCUGCUACAUAUGACACAGCUGUUAUGGAUUUUGCUGAAAUGAUCAUUCCCAACCCUAUUAUAAUACGGCUGUUACGAGAAGAAGAGUCUCUAGAUAACAUUAAGCAGUACUAUGUUAAGUGUAAGAGUGCAGAUGAGAAAUACAGAGCUAUCUGCAACAUCUAUGGCGUGAUAACAAUUGGUCAAGCAAUUAUCUUUUGUCAUACAAGAAAAACUGCUGCCUGGUUGUCAGAGAAAAUGUCUAAAGAUGGACAUUCUGUAGCUGUUCUCUCUGGUGAGCUAACAGUUGAUCAAAGAAUAGCAGUACUUGACAGAUUCAGAGCUGGCUUAGAAAAGGUACUUAUAACCACUAAUGUGUUAUCCCGAGGAAUAGAUGUUGAACAGGUGACACUUGUGGUGAACUUUGAUAUGCCUAUGGACAUGGAGAAGAAAGCAGACUGUGAGACAUAUCUUCACAGAAUUGGGCGCACUGGGCGUUUUGGUAAAGCUGGUAUUGCCAUUAACUUGAUAGACUCACCACAAACGAUGGACAUUUGUAAAGAGAUUGAGUCUCACUUUGGAAAGAAAAUACAAUUACUUGAUAUAGAAGAUGCAGAAGAAAUCGAAAAAAUUGGGGCUUAAAUCCAAUAUUUGUGCAAGUGCUUGUUAUAGAAAUGUUUUGCUUAAAACUAUCUUACCUACUUAUAAGUCUUACAUUGUUGAAGUUACACAUACUUUGGUAUUAAAUAAAUAAUUUUUGUAAUA